UGGUGCGCGCUAGAGUCGAGGCAGCUUGGCCAAAAUAACCCGCCAGGUAGCCCAUUGAGUUAGUCACUUUAUCUUGCACGGUUUCCUUGCACCUUCCCAUACUCCGUUGACCUUUGCCAUGGCUUCCCACGAUGUGCUCAGCCUUUCCCUGGAUGAUAUCAUCAAGAUGAAAGGCCGUAAGCGUAGUUCAAAUAGUAGAGGCCGAGGCCAGAAGUCGGCAGGUCACCAAGAUCGUGGGAUGAGCCACUCAAGCCGAGGCCUGGGCCGGGGCCGGGCCUGGGGCCAGGGCUGGGGCCGAACUAGGGGCUCUCGGAUCCUAUCUCCUAAAUUUACUGUGCAACGUGCUGGCAUCCGGGCAGCGGGGAGGGAUACACCAGUUCGGAGUAAAGGCAUUCCUGGGCUGGGGCGAGGCCAGGCAGGACUGGGCAGAAACCGUGGUGGGCUCCUGAAUGGCUGGAGUAGAGGUGUGUGGAGUGGGAGAGGGGUAAGAGGAGGUUCUCAGGAGCAAAGAGGAAGAGGUGGUAUAGCAGGAAGAGGAAGAGGCAGAGGUUCAUUGAGGGGACGAGGAAGCAUUGCCAUCCUAAGAAGAGGUCGUGGUGGCAUCACACAAAGAGCCUCCACCACUCACCCACAACUUGUCCGCCAGAAUAGUCAGCAGAACAUCACCGCACGGGACUCUUCCUUCAGGCAGCGGCUGGCUAGAAGAAAGAUUCAGCAGGCCCGCAAGACCUUGGUCUUAUCCCAGCAGAACAACAGAGCCAAGGCACGGCUAGGCAUAGUCAAUGCUAUGCGGGGAAUACAGCAGGAGGAACAAAUAAAACCUGUACGUGGGGCAGGCUCCAUGCGAGGGGCUGGCUCUGUCGUGUCCCUUUCCUCACAGCAUGGCCUCACAGUCAGCAUCAAGAACAACAUUGCAUCAAGUCAGAUUCCACAUCCUGGUUCUUCAAUGAAAGCAAGGCCCAAACUAAACAGAAGCAGAAUAAGGCAAUAUCCUACAACAAGCUACACACCAACCAUGUUCACAGUUGUGAACGACCAAGCAAUACCUCCAGAGCUACCAGUCGCAGGCCCUCCACCACCUAGAAAAAUUUUGAAGCGCAGUGUUACCUCUGCUAGAGACACAAGAGCUGGAGUGGCCUCACCAGUGAUGGUUUACCCGCAACAGAACUCUCGUCCAGUCCCAGAACCCCAUCGUCAAAUACUAGAUCCCAAGGUGCAGAAAGAGAUAGCUAUGCUGCAGGGCAAGGAAGUUUCUUUGAAUAGUGGGCCAGGUCCAGGAGUGAAGGGAUUCAGACACAUCCCCAGUCACACGGCACGCUCCCUUAAUGAACGUUUCACUGAAGAGAGGAUGAUAACUACAUAAGAAAUGAACCCGGCUGUCUUUUACGGAGAGAUAAUCACACACUUCAUCUGAUGAUCCAGAUGAUUCUGAUUUUUUUGUCAGUAAUUCAGAUGAUCCAGAUGAUGAUCUCUUCAAAGAAAGUGAUUCUGAAACAGAUGAAGAGCAGUUCAAGCACCAAAUGGAAAUUAUUCAAACUCUGGAAGAAAUGGAAACAACAGCACACAAUCUGAAUGGUUGCCUGUAUCUUCAAAGCAAUGCAUGCAUGCCUUUACUGGCAAGGAAGAAAUGAGUGUCACUAUCAGUAACGCAGUUGACGAAACUGAGGUGCUGCAUAUUGAUGUAUAUGGUCUCUUUGUAUCUGAUGACAUCAUUGAUAUGAUUGUUCAAGAAACCAAUAGGUAUGCACAACAAGAAAUUGAUGCUGCAACAGUAACACGUAGGUCACAACUGGUGUCAUGGAAACCUACCAACAGACAAGAUAUAGAUUUUUUUUGGCAUUGUGAUUUACAUGGGAUUAGUUGUAAAGCCUGAAAUUCAACUCUACUGGUGUAAAAGUAUGUAUAUAAUGAUCCCUUUGUACCAAAGCUGAUGUCAGGGGAAAGAUUUGAGCUUCUCUACAGAUUUUUGCAUUUUAUAGACAACACGUGUCAUCUAAAUUCUCAAGAUAAAUUGUACAAGGUCAGAUCACUGAUUGAGCUACUUGUUAACAAUUUUAAAGCUGUGUACAAACCUGGCUCCAAACUUGUUGACAAAAGCAUGGUGCCAUUUAGAGGAAGAUUAGGCAUCAAACUACAUUCCAGGGAAAGCUAACAAAUAUGGAAUGAAAUUGUACAAAGUUUGCAUACCUGAGGGAUAUACAUGGAAGAGAUGUUUUGACACUAUCAACAGUACCUGAGCAAGGUAAUGACUUAGUUCUAAGUGCAAAGAAAAACAGAAAAGGAGAAGAGAUUGUAAAACCUGAAAGUGUCAUUGAGUACAAUAAAGCAAAAAAAGGG